AUGGCUUCAAUUCGAGCAGCCGCACGAUUGCGGCCCAUGGCAAACCGUCUACCUCAAAAAUCCACUGUCCGCUCGCACCGCUUGUAUGCCACAGCUACAGCUACCAAAUCCGCAUCCACAUCUGCCAACGAGCAGCCAUACUUCCCCCUGGAGCCCAGCGGGCCAAUUAUCAAGACGACCAUUCCUGGCCCCAAAAGCAAGAAAGCAAUUGCGGACUUGGACAAGGUGUUUGAUACUAGGAGCUUGAACAUGCUUGCCGAUUUCCAGAAGAGCUACGGAAAUUACAUUGCAGACCCCGAUGGAAAUGUUCUCUUGGACGUGUACGCCCAAAUUGCCUCUAUUCCCGUCGGCUAUAACAAUCCCCAUCUUCUCGAAGCUGCGACUUCGAAGCAGAUGGCCUCGGCCCUGAUCAACCGCCCUGCGCUGGGUAACUUCCCUUCCCACGAUUGGGCCUCUAUACUUCGGACUGGUAUUUUGAAAGUAGCUCCCAAGGGUUUGGACCAGGUGUUCACAGCUAUGGCUGGCUCUGACGCCAACGAAACGGCCUAUAAAGCAGCAUUCAUGUACCGUCGACAGCAAGAGCGAGGAGGCGCAAAAGUGGAGUUCAGUGAAGAAGAGAUAGCAUCUAGCAUGCUCAAUCAAUCUCCUGGGGCACCGAAUCUCUCUAUUUUAUCCUUUAAAAGCGGCUUCCACGGCCGCCUCUUCGGCUCCCUUUCCACCACACGCUCAAAAGCAAUCCACAAGCUCGACAUCCCGGCUUUCGACUGGCCACAGGCAACCUUCCCCCAAUUGAAAUACCCUCUUGAGGAGCACGUAGCAGAAAACAAGAAAGCGGAAGAAGCUGCCUUAGCUGAUGUAGAGCGCCUCAUAACAACACACCACCUCCCACCCGCCGCCGUUGUAAUUGAACCCAUCCAAUCCGAAGGCGGCGACAACCACGCUUCCCCAGCAUUCUUCCGCGGCCUCCGCGCCCUGACCAAGAAACACAACGUCCUCAUGAUCGUCGACGAGGUGCAAACUGGUGUUGGUGCAACGGGCAAAUUCUGGGCCCAUGAACAUUGGAACCUUGAAACCCCACCAGAUAUGGUGACGUUCAGCAAGAAAGCCCAAACCGCGGGCUACUACUUCGGAAACCCUGAGCUCCGCCCAAACAAACCGUACCGCCAAUUCAACACAUGGAUGGGCGACCCCGCGCGUGCAAUCCUCUUCCGUGCCAUCAUCGAGGAAAUCGAACGCCUGGACUUAGUAUCCCACACCGCCAAAAUGGGCGACUAUCUCUACUCCUCUAUCGAAAGCCUAGCGAAGAAGUACCCUGGCGAGUUUAUGAAUCUGAGGGGUAAGGGACAAGGGACAUUCAUUGCGUUUGAUAGCCCAAGGAGAGAUGAGUUCCUGAAGAAGGCGAAGAGCGUAGGUGUUAAUAUUGGCGGCAGUGGACAGAUGGCUGUUAGAUUACGGCCAAUGUUGAUUUUCCAGAAGCAUCAUGCGGAUAUCUUGCUGGAAGCUAUGGAGAAGAUUGUUAAAACGUAA